AUGCCGUGUGUGGCGGACUGGCUGAACUGCCCCCUCAGUAUCGUGCAAGGCAUCUUCGGUAAGCGAAGGGGGAACCGGAGGGGGGGACUUGGGAGGGCGGCGAGGCAAACAAGCAACGCCGAGAAGGCUUCGGGAAAGAGAAGCGAGGGAGGAGGACGAGGAGCCGGGGCUGAGACAGGCCAGCUGGGCCGGGAUCAACCCGGAAGAAGGGGUCGGCUGCGCAUGGAGGGGGCGGCAGGGCAAAGUGGGCCUAGCUGGGCAGAGCUGGAAGGCGUUAGUGGGGAGCUCGGCCUUGCCCAGCGAGAGGGCAGCGGACGCCUGGCUCCCACUCUUCGGCGGGAUCGCAUGGCAGAGCUCGGCUGUUGUGGUUGUGAAGCGCCCUGAAAGCAGACCAGAAACGGGGAUAAGAGUGCCUCUGAGCAUGUGUAGUAUGCCUUUUCGCGUGCUAAAGAAUCGGGAGGUUCCAAGGAGCCUUCAGCAUCACUUUUCCCCUCGAGGGUAAUUGCCAGAUCAGAGCCCUCUGUCAGAAUAAAGUGAGGACGUGGUAUUAGGCUGGUGCAUGUCAAAGCCCAGUUAGGCAGGUAAAUACCACGCUGUCCGGCUUCUACAUGUUUUGUUCCUUACCCGUAUCAGUUGCUGGGGUAUUUAACUAGGGUGUCUGUGUCUCCCAGGAUGUGUGGGUUUAAACCAAGGCAAUUGAAAUAAAUGACCAUUGAUUUAAACAACCAAAAGAGAGCCACUAAAAUCAAGUAGCUUAUUGAUUGGUAUGAAUAACGACAGCCUGCUAUAGUAACAAUUAACUUGUAAACAUAUGUUUUAAGGAAACAAAUGCCUAAUAUCUUAUGCAGUACAGAAUUUAUAGUGUCGCACACCACCACGAUCUCCGAGCAGUGUGAGAUUCAAGGGGUUCCAGGCUUUUCCAGGUCAUGUUCCUUCAGAAUGAAGUAUAGCAGAGACUCUGCUGUCUUUAGUGUAUCUGGUUUAUUUACAUGUAUAUAUGACCCAAGUCUAUAAUGGAGAGGUUUGUGGCAUUAACACACCCUAAGAUGGUCUUGCUUCUCCCAUAGCCCCAUCCUUGGAUUCCAGCAGAAAUAACACACAGCUCUGUCUCCCAGCUGCCUAGCCUCCAGUCUGCCAGCUUCUAGCUCACAUAAUAACUUCUGGUCUUUGUAACUACCAGCGAGUUGAAAGUGGGGGCACAAAGCCUUUGCAAACUUAGAAGGGGACACAAUACAUUGUGAGCAGGUAGUAAAAUUGAAUGGUUUCUGCUUGGCUUUCUCUAUGUACAUGCAUGGGCACUAAGCAAGAUUAGUUACGGUACAUAGCGACUAAGUUGGCUGUCCUACCCACCCCGCCCUUCACACCAGGCAAGAAUUUACCUCCACCACCCCCCACCCCUCAUCUUGCUGGCCUUCUUCUCUGACCAGCAUGAGUGACAGAUGCAGUGGUGCCUCCAUCACACAUCACUGCUACCCAACUAGGGUUUGGGUUGUCUUUCUAUUGUCUAGAAUUUUUCAGAGGCAACAGCUACUUAGUUAAUUGGCAAGGACAGUUUGUUCUUCAUGACAUGGAAAGUAUAUAUCAGUCCUUUUUGAUGGUGAUGUGGGAUAUUUGGGAAAUUUUGGGAGACUUUUCUGAUGCUACAUAGCAGGGGUGGAUAACUUCCUGCCCAUGGGUCAAUCCUGGGCCUCCAUGGAAUCCAAUUUGGCCCCAUGGCCAUUUCCCCCAAACCACAUCAUGCAUGGAGGGCAGGAGAACAGGGUCAAACCCUGCAUUGGCUGCAUGCCCUGUUCCUAGAAGCAAACCAGAUCGUUCAGCCAAGGCAGCAGGAUUUAAUCCCCACUCAUCAGCUGAAAAAAAACUGAGAUAUGAAAGCUAGGCACUAAAUGGUACCUUAAACCUAGGUUAUAUGCGCAACAACAGAAUGUCUAGGUGCACUUUUUUAUAACAAGAACACAAAGCUGAAAAUGAAUGAACUGCAGCUAAAAUAUUAUGUUUGUUUUUCACAUGGUCUCGUCCUUCUCCUGCCCACCCCCCUAACAUUCUAAGAGGGUCUCUUCUCCAAUCUUCAGAAAGUAGCUGGAAGUGGGGAGGCAGAAAAAGGUCCUCCUUUCCUUCCACUCUGCAGUUUUAAUCUGAAAUCUUAGGCACAGUAUUGUGCCCAGAGCUCAGAAACUGUUCACGCUAAUGAAAUUCCCCGUCGCAAAAUGCGUCUUCAACAAUGGGAGUUUUGAACACUGUUCAUUGAUUCAGAUCUUUCUGCUCUUCCACCAUCUCUCUACCACUUGUUUGCUUAAAGGAGAAGUGUGGAGCUGCUUCAAAGAGCGAUAUUUCAAAGAGGCUCAAACAGGAGCGUGGGAGCUGCCUUAAAGCCCUUUCAAACAGCAAAAUGGUUUUGAAGCUGCUGUAAGUUCCUAAGUGCCUGAUAGCCAACAGGCUGCCCGGUACUUGGAAACCUCACACAAGAAAUAAGACGUGGCCACUUGUCAUUUAUGUGAUAUUGUGAUUCCCUAAUAUUUUAUUUGCAAUUGGCAUCCAUUCAAUGUUAAGAGUGAACUUGUGAAAUUGAUUAUUUUUCUCCUGAAAAAUAAAACACUGGAAAAUUUUUCACCCCACAUUUGGUUGACAGACUAAAUCAAGGAUUCAGAACCUGUGGCUCCCCAUGUGUUGCUGGAACACAACUCCCAUCAUCCCUGAAGACUGGCCAUACUGCCUAGAGUUGAUGGGAAUCAAUAGGUUGAUGGGAGUUGGAGUUCAGCUGCAUCUGGAAGGCCACACAUUCCCUAUCUCUAGUCUAAAUAUUCAGUUUGUUUAAUUAAAUGCAGUAGCAUUUUUCUUGUUCAUGAACUCCAGCAAUUGGUAUUCAGAGGCAUGCUGUCUCCAAUACUAAUAAAUGUUAGCCUUACUAGUUGAAUCAAGCUCUUUAUUUUUUCCAAUAACUAAUGCUAUCUGACAAUAUUCUUGCAAAAAUUGUGUUUGCAGUUAAGUCAGGAUUCUAUUUGAUUGCCCAAAUACAUUGGAUUGUUGAAUGUUCUGAAAUAGUUCAAUUUCAUUUGGUUUUUCCUAGCUCAAAAUAGUCUGAAUCCUGAAUGGGAGAGAAAAGUAACGGAAUACUUCAGAGAGAAGCUGAAAGAAAAUAAUGCUACUAACUGGGUAAAAAUGGGCUUACUUAUUUACAUAUCUAGGUCAUACCCUUUUGCUUUGGUGGCAGUACUCUUGUGUUUUACACAAUAUCUUCCUGUAACAUUGCUUUAAAUAAAUUUGCGAACUGAACUGAGAAAAACUACUAAAAGGAUUGUAAGGCUCCAAGCAGAUGGGCAGAGCAGUCCUAACCAAGCAGAUACAAAGGCGUAUCUCUGUAAGUUAAAUUGUAUUCUAACUGCUCCUGGUUGAUGGGGUGUAGGGGAAAUGCAAACCUUCAUUUUCUGUCCUUUCGUUGACUCUUAUUGAGGGAAUUUAGUUACACCUGCAUUUUAGGUGAUGUAAAUUACUCCAAGCUCUGUGGGUAAAACCAAUGAAUUAAGGGAGUUGUGAUGCAGCAUAAGGUUCUUUAUCCCUCUCCCUGCACACAUUUCCCACUCUUGACAUUCCGCCUUUUUGCCCUUUACACCAGCAUAACUUAAGCCAAUUUAAUUUACGCCACCAGGACUUUCCCUCAGCCGGCGUAAGGGCACCUCAUUUUGGGAGUGGGACGACAUACCACAUCCUAACUUCUCCCACUUGGCAUAUCUGAUGUUUAGGAUUGCACUGUAACUGCAAUAGGAACUGAAAAUCUUUAUUAGAGAAGAGCAAAGUUAACAGACUAUAACUUCAUUGAAAAGACAGUAAGUUGAAUGCACCUGUAAUUAGAUACCUCAAGUAUAACUGGGACUUGCAGGUAUUGUUAACCUAAUGAUAAGACACAAAAAUAUAAAAAGGAAGUGGCUGGUGGAGGCUGGUCUACUAGAGAGAUUUUGAGCAGGAAUGGUCAGGAUGCAGAAUUGCCUACUCUGUCUGUUUAAUUUCAUUGCAUUGGCAGCAGUGUGUCUUAGCCUCUAGGACAAGCAUCCCCAAACUUGGCCCUCCAGCUGUUUUGGGACUACAAUUCCCAUCAUCCCUGACCACAGGUCCUGUUAGCUAGGGAUGAUGGGCGUUGUAGUCCCAAAACAGCUGGAGAGCCGAGUUUGGGGAUGCCUGCUGUAGGAUAAGUCUUUGCAGUGGCAUACUGUAGAAGAGGGGGCCACAAACCCUUUUGGACUACUGGGCAAAUUUUGGAUUUUGAGAGAGUAUUGUGGGUGCCAGUCACAACAUGGCUGCCAUGGGAGAUGGACAUGUCAUAACACAAAAUUAGAGUCAAUAUGAUCAUAGCGAAGCUUUUCCCACAAAUGUAUUUCCAUACUAGGAAAAGCUUAACCUGUCAAACUUCUUCCUUAUAGCUGUUAAAGGCACAACCUUGCUUUUCCCCUGUGCCAGCUUUAACACCUAGGCUGCCAACCUGUACCCACCUACCUGGGAGUUCAGGGUAAAAACAUGCUGUAGGUAGAAUUAGACAUGAACACAAAGGGGAAGUCACAUGAGCAUACCAGAUUAGAAUACAGUGGUGCCUCGCAAGACGAAAUUAAUUUGUUCCGCGAGUUUUGUUGUCUUGCAAUUUUUUUCGUCUUGCGAAGCACGGUGUCGGGAAAGUUUUGGAAAAGCUUCAAAAAUCACUGAAGUCUUUAAAAACCUCAAAAAAGGCUACCAGUUGCUCCUCAAAGUCAAGUCGCAACUGUAUUAACGGUGUUAAGAAAAAGGAAACAAACUUGCAAGACGUUUCCGUCUUGCGAAGCAAGCCCAUAGCGAAAAUCGUCUUGCGAAGCAGCUCAAAAAACAAAAAACCCUUUCGUCUAGCGAGUUUUUUGUCUUGCGAGGCAUUCGUCUUGCGAGGUACCACUGUAAUAAGCAUUCCAGAAAGAGCACUAUUUCUGAUGACAAGUUGUUUGAAUGACACUCGGUGUUGGCUUAGUUGAGAUUAAAUAUUUGAACAUCAGUGUUCUCUGGUAAAUUCAUUCCCAUCCCCAAAGUACAAAAGAGUAAACUGAAGUGUGAUUAUAGCUCAACAUCCUGAUAGCCUGAGAGACUGGAUAAUUGGCAAUUAAGCCUUGUAAUGAAGGGCAUACAGUGAAUUCAGAAAAUGAAGGUUUGAAUGAUGACAGUACCGUGCUGUAUUAAUACAGUUUUACUGCUUAUCAUUGUUAUUCAAAAUGCUAUGGAUCUGUUCAUGGCUCUUAGCACCUACAUUUAACAAAAAGAAAAGUAGAUGUUAGCAGAAGUGGUUUAACCAAAGAGCCACAGCAUUUCCCAGGUCAAAAUCUAGCAGUAAAAGACUUCUAAAAAGCUUGACCUAUCUUAGAAAACACAUCUGUAUUAUCUAUUAUACCGAUUAUCUAUUAUACACAGUAGUAAAACUAUUGUGAACUUGAUAACUGUUUUUUCCACUGGCUGAUGUAAACAAACAAUAAGGCUGCUGCUAGAUUACCAAAGAAUAUACAUUAUAAUUUUUUUAUAGAUUGAUUUCCUCAUGAUUCCUAAUUACUAUAUAAAUUAAGGUUUCGUUAGAGAGUAAAAUUCUGUAUAUGUCAUGUGAAAGUAGUAGUAAUUCAAGAAUAUUAUUUUCUUCUGCAGGUGCCUUCAUUGAAUGAUGUCCCUCUACAUUAUCUGAAGCCAAACAGUUUAGUGAAAUUUCGCUGUAUGGUUCAAGAUAUGUUUGAUCCUGAAUUUUAUAUGAAUGUUUAUGAAACAAUUGACGUACAUACUAAAUCAUGUGUAAGUGGUUCUUCUUUAUUAUGGUCCUUAUUGCUUUAUCACAUGCACAAAUACGUGCUCUCUCUGUGUGUGCUUGCCUUACUAAUCAGCCAUGAUUUAUGGUGGCCAUCAUCCACCUCCUCUCGCAAAUCUUCUGCUUAUUGUUCCAUGUCACAUGGGGCUUUUGCAGAAGUUCGACAGAGGGUGAAAGAGAAGAAAAAACCAGCCACUUCCCUUUCCACAAGUCCUCCUGACACACAGGGUAUUAGCAACCAAUCCAUGCUUUUAAAAAUCCCUCAACAGUUCAUCAAUGAAGAGCACCCCAUGCUUGAGUAAUCUGAAAUUAGGAGUGUGUGCAGGGAUGAUGAGUAAUCAGUCUUCCCCCUUAAGAAAGAGGAUUCUUCCUUCUGUUUUAACUCUGGAUAGGUGCAUCAUUAUCAUGCUCCAAACCCUGGCAUUUCUUGUGUUGGGCAUAUGCAGUGACGAUGAAGGACUGAGACCUACAGAUAUUCCUGCCAAGACUGAGCAGACCCUACUUAGAUGGACAACUUUCAGGUCUCAGUCUCUUUAAAGAAACAGGCAUGUCUGCGGCAUAAAAGUACUAUCUUGGACUUGUUCUCAGCUGAACUGCUUUGCAUAUUAAUUACCAUGGCAGAAGGUUCAGCAGUGCCUUUUGGGAAGCAAGGCCACCACAUCAAUUAUUGGUAUAACUGAAGGGGUGUGCCCUUUUUAAUAUGAAAUUUACAUAAUCAUAUUUUGAAUAUUAGCCUCCCGAUAAAUGCUGAACAUCUGUGUCAGGCAUAGCCACAAGCCAUCAUGAUUUAGCUCUUCAUCUGUAGGAGUAUUUUGUAGCUGCUUUCAGAAGGGGGCUAUAGGCCAGAAUUUUCCCCGUAUUCAAUUCUUUGUCAGAUUUAUUUUGAUCUUUACUUUGAAAUAUGUAGUGCAAAGCAUAACCACAACUGAAGAGAUUUCUGUUAUGCAUAGAAAUGAAUGUGAACUGAUGUAGGAUACAACAGUAAUCUCACAUUGUCUUCUUUUUAAUAGGUUUUGCAUUUUGGAAAAUACAGAGAUGUAGCAGAAUGUGGGGUGAGUGAUAACAUGGCAAAUAUAGCUCCCUGUCCGUCCGUCCCCCCGCCCAUUUUCGGUUUUGGAUUUGAAUAAUCCCCAGAAUCCAUAGGGGAGAUGGUUUGGUUGGGCAAGCUGUAAUGCUUGCACUGACAGAACGAUUAGAAGAGUGACACUGAAUUCCUCCCUUUGAAUAAAACAUCUAGCAGUUUGGGGUUUUUAAGUGUAGGUUUUAAAGUGAUAAACCUGAACCUUGUGAGUGAUGUUUCUUACUUCUGUGCAAUAAGCCGUCCCAUAUAUAUGUGCCUCUGCCAUGCUUCUCUUGCACCUCUCUCUAAAGAAAAAAAUAGUACUUCAAAGAAGUUUAUUUCCACAAGGAUAUGCAUGCAGGGAUAUUUUUCUGUAUUGGCAAAACGUUGAUUCCAGCACUACAACUAAGAAUGUAUUUAGUGGUGUACUUGAUAAUGCCUCUGUCCUGUAUUACACAAACAAGACAGUGAAGUGGAAAUAGAACAGACUAUCCAAAUGUAGAAGGUUUUGAUGAUCUGAUCCUUUUGGUGCAUCUAGUGCUGAAUUCAAUUCCAUUUUUAAAAAAUAUAGAAAGUCUCAUUUAUGCCUACAUUCUAGGAGAGUAGCCACAUUGGUCGUCUGCUGCUGUAAAAACAAGUCUUGUGACAUGAGCUUUCAUGAACAAGACAAGAUCUUCAUCAGAUGCAUGAAAUAGGCUUUUGAUUAUGAAAGCUCGUGCUGCAAUGAUGCUGUUGCCACAGAAUGUUUCUUUUUCUUAUUAAGAUAGUUAUCUGAAAAUUCAUGGUUCUUUGAACUUUGAGAUUUAGUUAUAAACACAUAGGAUCUGUAAUAAAACAUUGCAGUGUGAAGUCUCAUUUACAGGCUUCCAACAAACCAGCCAUGCCCUUCUUCAAGAUCCUUGUUUUCACUCUAUGUUGUUCUUCCAACCCAGUCAGCAUUUUAUGGCUAGUGAGCAUGUUCAGUCUUCCAUGGGUCAUUUUAGGUCAAACCCCCCCUCCCAUUUUUAGAUUUCCCCCUAAAUAUUUUGAUUGGUACUCCUGCAAACUUUCGGAUUCCUCCACAUCUGCUGAUAUAUCCUUCUUGCACAUGGAUGUUGCCGUUUUGGCUACAUAAAGAUUUGGCAUCCAGAGAAUGAGGCUUUUAUUAAAGUAUAUUGAUUGAUUCAACAUUUUAAUUUAAUUUGAGCUUUGAUUCUUACAUUAUACUGCGGGUUUUGUCUGAGUGAUGCAAGCAUUGAUGAGUCAUUAUGGCAUAUAAUAUCAAAUUGUUAAAUAAGCCUAUUUUAUUUAUUUAUUUUUGUGACUGUAAUUAUGAUGAAGCAGUUAUUCCAGUUUCUAAGAAUAAAACCUGCAUGAUUUUUGUUCCAUAAUAGGAAAACUAUUUGCAGAUGUUUUGUUCUUGCAUUUAAAAUGGUUUAAAGCACCAGCUGCAUCAUGAACAUGGUUGUUGGAAGAACAGAAUAUAUUGUAUAUUAGUGUGAAAAGGAGUACCGCUAUAUGAAUCUGCAACCCUUUUUGAAACAAAAAUACUUCGGUACUCUCAAUAUUCUAGUAGAUUAACUUCUGUUACAACUGACCAAGUAGGAUAGAAUUAUUUGAAGUAAAUGUGGCCAAAUAUUAUUGGAUAUCUCGUAUUCUAAUGUUGUGUAAUGUCACUUGAUUCAUUUCUAGCCUCACCAAGAAAUAGACUUAAACCCUAAACAAAUAGUAACGGGAGACAGACAGACUUUAUACUGUGUUCCAGUGCCUGGAGAGUCGGCAUGGGUGAAAGAAAUAUCCUUUGCAGUUCUUUGACUGUGCUGUAUGCUGAUAUAUAGAAAAAUAUAUAUGCAAUGUGGGGUGGAGGAAAAAAAAUGUAGAGUUGGAAGAAACCACAAGAGUCAUCUAGUCCAACCUCUGCAAUGCAGGAAUCUUUUGCUCAACAUAACCCACAACCCUGAGAUUAAGAGCCUUAUGAUCUACCAACUGAGCUAUCUGAUUAAAGUGCCUUGAAAUUUGAAGAAAAGGUGCUGUACUGUCCUACAAAGAAAAUUGAAGUGCUUUGGUUUUUUUAAUUAUUCCAUAAAAAUGUAGGGUCGGUUUUUCCAGGCAUAUCUACACAAGCAGAUGAGUAGCUUUGUACAUUUUUAAAAUUUUAGAAUACUAUUAAAUUGAAGUCUUCGGAAAAAUAUGACUCCCUCUGGUGGUUAAUCCAAAAAUAACAAAUCUAUCAAAUCUAGUAUACAUUGUAGAUUAACUUUUUGAGGGAGAAAGGCAAGCUUGAAUACAGCUUUAAGACCAGUAAAAUUACUCAGCUAGUGGAAGUAUGUUGGGUAAUUACUAAUUAGCUGUGGUUAAGCCUGUAACUGAGGCUGAAUUAUGUCACUUCAGUGGAGUCUGUUAGAUUAGAUAGAAAAUGUUCCUAAGGAGUUUCAUAUGCAAGUAGAUGCAAGUUAUUUUCACAAUUCUCUAUAGCCUAAGACAACAUGUGGAAUAUGUUCUGUUGUUGUAUACAUCCCAUGAGAGGAUGGUGCCUUGUUUCCCUGUCUUCUUUUGUUUUAAAUCAUUCCAUGCAAUUGAAAUACCAGAUCAAAUUAUGCUGGGUAGAUCAUAUCAGUAAAUGCUAUUGUCCUUAACUAGAGAUUUAAGCCUAUACCAGUGCAAGCCAAGCUCGAGUUUGCCCUUCGACAUCCUAUACACCAAGUCGCCACAAGAGGAGUUAUGAGGAAGAUGAAGAUAUGGAGUUGCAUCCAUCUAAACAGAGAGAGCAACAUCUGGGUAUCAGCUAAUUAGACAUUCAUGGUUUUAUUUUAAGUUCUUCUUACACCCAAAACACACUAAAGUCGUAUGGCUGAAUAGUUGUUUUAUUGAAGCACAUAUUUUUUUGUGCUUCACUUAUUGGGCUGCAUCUAUGAUUCUCUCUCCACUAGAUCAAGUGCUCUUGCACUAAUGGACUGAUGAGUUUUAAAUGUUGCAUAACAGAGGAAUCCAUCGCAGCAGCUGUGCUAGUGGAAACUUGUGCAACUGAUUGUGCAAUCUGUUGUGCAACAAAGUUACCAGCAUCUUGCUUAUGCAUUCUCUUGCACAACAAUAUUCUACCGGUGCAAAAUAUUUCACCAGCAAAACAAGUACUGUAUGCUUCUAGUUUUGCACUACAUUGGAUGCACCCCAUUACAACAUUUACUUUUUUUACCCUAAACCUCUGGCCUUGUAAAGCUUCUUUGAAAAACUGGAAGUUUUAAUUUCAACUUUGAUUGGACUUUGAUUAGAAACUGCUUCUUCUAACUUGCAGGAAGUGUGCCUGAUAUCCAUGGGAGUGGAGAGCCAAAGCGAUUAGAAACAGAAGCAUCUGCAAGACAUCAGACAAUCUCCUUAAAUUGCUCACCUCCGCUAGAUCUAAACUUUCCACUUCCAGGAGAGAAAGGCCCUGCAUGUCUUGUGAAGGUAAUAAGCCUAUCAAGCGGUAUUAAGCGUUACCUCAUUUACAUUUUAAAUCCAUGGAUGAAAUAUGGAGGCUAAAUUCAACCUCCACUGAUGAAGAUAAUAAGCUUCUGAAUGCCCAUUACUGGGGAGUCAUAAGAGUGAGCAUGUGGCUGCAGUCAGGUGCUUUUUGCAGGCUUCUCAUAGACAUCUGGGUUGGCCACUGUGUGGCUAUUAUGAGAACAGGAUACUGGGCUAGAGAGCCUCUGGCCUGAUACAGCAGGGCUCUUCUGUUCUUAAGAAAACCAAAAUAAUGUAAUCCUUAAAAUAAAUCCUGCCAUUAAAUGCACUGUUGACCUAGGGUAUAUUAUUAUAAUUCAGAACACAGAAGUAUGUGUAGCUGCAGUUGUACUCACAUAAGCAGACACUUGAGAUGUCAUAUUCCUUUAAUCCUAUUUAUUCAGAUGAAUUUAUAUGUGCAUUCUUAAAAAAAACCAUGAUCAUAUAUUUUAUGUGAGUUGACAUAGGUGAAACAGCAGGAUACUCAUAUCUCACACAAUAAAUGGCAAUACGUAAAUCUCCAAAGUAGGUCUCCAAAAACUGGAAUGUGAGUUAAGAAGUAGACCAACAGUAGUGUCUGUGCUGGGGGUUGUGCAUGUUGAUUAGUAACGGGUUGUGUGUUAUGCAGCUCUGGCCAUUACUGCUGCGUAUUUCUGAAAUGAUUAAUAUAUUCUCUGUAAAGAGUAAAGCUCAGUGCUAAACUCAUGGAAAUGGGUAAAAUGCAGCUAGUUAUUACAGAUGUCUGCAACCAAGAAGUGGCAGAUACAAUGAAAUGUGCAAGAAACCUUCUACUUGCUCUCUUAAGUCUCUACAGUUAUGUUGAAAUCUACUUUAUGAUUUUGCUAGAGAAACACACUGGCUGUAUUUGGAUGAAACAAAAUAAAAAAAAUCCUUUCAGUAGCACCUUAGAGGCCAACUAAUUUGUUAUUGGUAUGAGCUUUUGUGUGCAUGCACACUUCUUCAGAUACCGAUUGUAUAUGGAUGGUUUAUUGUUACAGGAAUGAGCUGCAGCAAGCCUCAGGUUUGUGCACUCCCUUCCCUCUCUUCUCAUCCACUGUGGUCACGAAGAAAAGAUCUAAAGCUGUUGCUUAUUUUUGAGUAACUGUAGUUUACUCAAAGUCCUAAACUGCAAUUAAUCUUAAUUAUGGUUUGUUGAAACAAACCAGUUUCAUAAUCCAGAGUUCAAAAUCUGCUUUUUUCCCCAGUACAAUAUAGUUAAGAUUAACCACAUUUUGUCUGCGUUCAGACACUGUGACAAGCUGCAGUUAAUCCAGAACAGAAGCAAACACUUCCAGAGUCCUCCUUGCAGCCAUACGAAAAGAAAGAAGGGAAAGUGCAAGAGUAUGAGACUUGUUGUGAGGAAUGCUGCAGAAAUUCAGUUCACACUGCAAAUGUGAACCUACCUAAUUCGCAGUACCCAAAACAAUACGUGAGCUGAAAUGCAGCUAUCUCGCUUCUCUGAAUUUUGCUGUGCAGUUCUCAACCCAAAUUAUGUACAGUAUGCAUAAAUGUGUAUAAUUAGGGGACAAUAUACAUAAAACAUGCAUAUAUUAGUGAAAAUAACAUAAGUAAUAUACACAUUGGAAGAAAAGGUUUACAGAAAUGUGUGUAUUAGGAGAAAUAAGCACUAAAAUGUUGGUGAAUUUUUGGGAGACCGUUUUAAAAAGAAAUUCACAAACUGAUGCAGAUAAGUGAACUUGAUAUUGGAGGAAUGAGCAUCUGGAAGAAACUGAAAUUGAAGGAUUCAUCCAUUCCUACUUGCUGUUGCUCAUUCCUGCAAAGAUAAGUCCUGGCUUAAUAUUCAGCUCUAUGCAUUAUGUUGCUAUAAUCUGUCUCUUCUCUUAAAAAUACUCUUUGUGACAGAUAUAUGAAAACGGGGAUAGUUUCAAAGUGAAUGAUGUUCUUGAGGUGUAUGGGAUUUUAUCUGUCGAUCCAGUCCUGAACAUGGUGAACAACGAAGAUAGGUAACAUUUUAAUGUUAAUAGGAUCCACAUUUACAGUUAUUAAUGAUAAUAAUGAUGAAGGCACACAGAUUUGAGCUACAAACAAUAUUUAAGUAUUUUAUUUGUAAUUUAUCAGUAUAAUAAUGGCAGUGUGUCCCUAACCCUUUGGUCAGUGUGCUUCAGAACUGAAACAGAGAGGAAAUUUAUAUCAGUAUCUUUCUUUUGAAGAUUGCUGGCAGUCCACAAUCCUGCUUUGUUUCCAGUGCAAUUCAGUGGACAGGGUGGGACAAGAGUGGGGGGAAAUUGGGUUAGAGUCCCACCUCUUCCAUGUAUUUGUUGUAUGUCUCUCAGCCUCAGUUUCCCACUUCAUAGAAUUAUGGGGAAGGUGUUUAUGAACACCAUAAAGAUGAUGAAAUGUUCUUUAAACCAAAUUCACAGCGCAGUAGUACCUCGGGUUACAGACGCUUCAGGUUACAGACUCCGCUAACCCAGAAAUAGUACCUCGGGUUAAGAACUUUGCUUCUGGGUGAGAACAGAAAUCACGCAGCAGCGGUGCAGCGGCAACAGGAGGCCCCAUUAGCUAAAGUGGUACCUCAGGUUAAGAAUGGUUUCGGGUUAAGAACUGACUUCCAGAACGAAUUAAGUUCUUAACCCGAGGUACCACUUAUUUCUGUAUAAAUAAGCAGAAGUAUGAUGCAGUUUUUGCAAUAAGAAGCUAAGCUCAGCUUUUACUAUGGUGCUGACAGCAUAGUUGCACAUGCCCUGCUGUCUCUUUAUGCCCUGCUGUCUCGCUAUGAGGGUGACAGGCAAUGUCAGAAGGAAGACCUCUUCAUUCGUUAAUCAAGCUCAUCUAUGUUGUUGACAGUGUAGCAAGCAGGAAGCCCCCACCCCCCAGACCAAUCUAUGGGUCCUUCAGUCUGAAGUUGAUGUUGUGGAAAGUUACAAGGCAUACACACACUUCUUGACCUAGUUGGCUGCCACAUUCAUGCCAAUCACCACGCUGGCACCACUCCAGACACCACUUAGGAUUGCUCUGUUAGAAUCCUGGAAGUGUUCUGUGUAUGCAACAUUGGGAAGGGUUUCUAGCCAUGUUGCCAUUUUCCUUUCGGCCUCAAGCACCAUAGCAAAGAGGCCUAUUAUGUGUAAUACCUUCCCCUGUAGAGCUUAUAGCUUCCUCCCACAGAAGUACAUGGUGGCAGGUUUUGAUUCUAAGUGGGGUUGAAACCUUGUAGUAGCUGUCCUUCCCAGUAGACUUGCCCCUCCCAAUUUUUUUGGUGUACGAUUUUUUAGUCCCACUCUAUCUGUUUUAUAUGUCAUUGUAUUCAUUGAUAGCACCUGUAUAACUGCACAAAAUGUGUCUUAACCUUGGCUGUUUUUAUUUACUAGGGAGAAUUCAUCCUCUCCAGUGGAGUCUAUGGAAUGUAUGGACACAAUGGAAGAACAGAGGGUUCAUAGUCCCCCAGCCUCAUUAGUUCCCAGAAUCCAUGUGAUUUUAGCACAAAAACUUCAACACAUAAAUCCAUUAUUGCCUGCCUGCCUUAAUGAAGAGGAAAGCAAGAGCUGUAAGUAGUUAAGCUAUUAAAAGAAAGAUUACCUCAUUACUGAUGAAUGUCUGCACUGGACUUUAUUGUUUCCACUUCCUCAUUCACAAAGAAAUAAGCUUGUUCCCAGAGUCCUACGUAUUCAGAUCACAAAGGUAUUCUACUAAACAUCUUUUAAGCCUUUGAUUUUAAGGUUUUUCUAGAUUUUCCACAAAUACAUUGGCAUUGUCAGGGGGUUUUUAUUUGAGAAAUGUGACUUGAAAUAAGCUUAUUCCUGGAAAAAGGCCCCCCAUGCCAGUCCUAAGUAACCAUUGCUCACCCCCUGUAGCAACAGUUAAGGCUCUGGUGUACAUUUUGUACUUUUAGCUGGUGAACAAAUGCAUAUGAAAUAUGCAAAUAUGGGAUUAUAGUGUGUAUGUUACAAAGAUCCAUACUCCAAAUAGUUAAAGAAGGUUGCUAUCAACACUGAUCUCUUUGGUUUUUAACUGAGCUUGAUUUUGCUUCGUGGCACUUGUAUUUUUUUUAGUAGUUUCUCUUCCUUACGCAAGUUGUUUAUAUUUUGGCUACAAGUUUUACUAUAAGAUCCUUGGUGGAGACAGAGCAUAUUGAAUCCUUUUGUAAACAUAGCUGGUAGUUAUGCAUCCUACAGCAUAUUUAAGACCCUUGGCUCAAAAACCAUUCAGUUUUCUUUAAUGAGGGAUUCACUGUGAACAGGAUUCACGAAUCCAAAUUGGCUGUUUUUCAGCAAAGGAACGGAAGCUGAGGAAAAAGCUCUUAAUUACAAUAUUGAGUAAAAGUCUCUCCCCCCUCCCCCCACAACAGCUGUUGCCCUGCUAGAUACUGCUCUGAGGCAGAAGCCAGCCUCCUAAAAAAUCAAAGCUCAUAUUAAUGAUUAUGUAUUUCCCAACUUUUUUUAAGGAAAAUUGGGUGGGGUUUUUUAUACAUUGAAUUUUCUCACUUAAGCACAAGUGUUAAUUAAAAGUGUGGGUUAUGCCAGCUAUUAUGUGGGUUAUGCCAUCUAUUAUGUGAGCACUCCAUUCGCUAGAGAAAUGUUUACAUAAAAGGGGAAGAAAAUUAAUAAAUAAAUUGCUUUAUUAGCUUCAAUUCUGUCCAAAUUCAAGUUACCAUUCAUUCCUGUGUUUGAAAGUAGACAGUAAUGAGUAAAGAUAAAAUAUUACAAUAUAAUCAGUACUACUUUCUUAAUUGUUAUUUAUUUGCAGAGCAAUCCAAACAGUGUGGGAGAGGGAGAACUGAAGGGCAAACACCUUUUUUGGUGCCCUGCAGGACAAAAGGGAGCAUAACGCAGUGGGGGGUUUUGGGGGGGGGAUCUGUUGCCACCUGCUCUUUCUUUUUCUUCGGGACUUGCAUAUGUUUACUCAUUUGGGGGGCAUAAUGUCAGGAGACUGGGACUUUUUCGGAUGUAUUACUUUUCCCUGCUCUCCCAUGGCAUACCCCUUUUCCUUUACUGAAUUCUGUAAGGUGCAGGCUACAGAGGGAGGCCUUGCAGAGGGAGGCCUGCCCACUCAGAGGUAGAUUUGAAACAUUAUUUGGCCCCUGGCACACUCUCCCAAGGACUGCAAGAUUAGAAAACGUUUAUAUACCACCUUUCAAUUUUAUAUUCUCUGUAGUUUACAAAUUAAGAUCAAAAAGGAGACAUUAUUAAAAUAACCCUCCAUAUAAUCCAUAUACAACAUGCUGUUUUAAUGUCUGCAUCUGCAUGUUCCACUGAGCCAUAGUUGAGUGCUGUAUGAAUCAGCUACAUUGCAUCUUAGGCUCCCAUCCUUUUUCGCAUGCAGCUUCUGCUUUUACAUAACCACAGCUGCUGUUUCAUUUACACUGUGGUUAAUAUUAACCAUGGUUGAUUUUCAAACAAGCCAACUUCAAACCAUAGUUACUGACAGUGGCUUGCUGAACAAACUAUAGUUAAGGCUAAGCACAUUUCUAGAUCCAGAUGAAUCUGCAAGCUGCACCUUAAAUCAAGAGCAGAAGCUUGCAAACAGCUCCUCCCAGCUGUGUGUGCAAAGAUAAGGGGAGACAUGCAGCCCAGUGCCUGUCCUGCACAUUCAUAUUGUGCUAAACUAUGCUUUAGCGUUAAAUGAAAAUGUGACCAACAAGUGGCCUCCCCAAACAUUUAGUGAUGCUGCUGCAUGUACGCCAAUGUGUUCAUUGGUCAUGUCCUGCAGAGGGCACCCACAGACCAGAAGCUAAGCAGCAGACCUCUCUGCUUAGACUGGCUCACGGAGGCCAGUCUAUAGCACAGUAUCCUCCUUCAGGGUUAGAGUCACCUCCUUCUCUUCAUGAAAGAUCCAAAUCCAACCAUGCUCUUCUUACCUCUUGGUGGUAGUAUUUGUAAUGACAGACACCUCCCUGUGUUUUUGUGUAGUCUAUAUUCUUUAAACACACACACACACACACACACAUAUAGUGUUCUGGCUUGUGUAAUUAUGUACUGCUUUUGCAGACCAGAUUUCGUAUAGUAUUAGUUAGUGUCGUAUGAAAGUAUAUAAUAAGAAAGACGUUACGUUAAACCAAUAAUAAUAAUAAUAGUAAGGGCCUAUGCUGAGAAACUUUGCCCCAACUGUCGGACAAAGUAGCAUGGUGUGAAACUUAGGUGGGCAAAGUUUUACAGCAAGAUACAAAAUUUGCUCUUUUGCUGGAUAUAGAGCUGUAUGUUGUCCAGUCUUUUCCCCAGUUGAUACUCAUUCAUAUAAAAAGAACUGUAUUUUAUAUGACUGUUAGGCAAUGGUAUUUCUGUCUACUCCCUACUGUUCUCUGUUAGUUGUUUCUAGUUUUAUGUCUGAACUGUCACCAGUCAGAGCAGAGCUUCUUGGCUUCCUCACUCAUGCCUUCUUGGGAGACAGCCUGGCUGCUGAGUACCUUAUAUUGCAUCUCAUUUCCACAGUGUAAGUAACCUGGUCAGCUAUUUAGAACAUUUCAUUUUUCCCAUACAACCCUUUUUAAAUUUAGGAUUUAGCAUGCAGCUCAGCAGAUUCUUAAGUGUUCUGUCAGGGGCUCAAAGAGAUAAAAUAACAUCUAUAAACUAAUAACCAGAGCAGAUGUUUUAAUGUAUUGAACCCAAAUACACAGGAAUAGCCUUGGGUAUAUCAUUGCCCAAGAAAUUGAAGAUGGUGCUUCCCUUAAGCAAGAACUCUGGGAAGCUUUCAAACAAUGGGGGCAGCGCAUGUGUGUAAUAAACCAUGGUUCAUUAUGUGCACCAACUUCAGGGUCGUGUUCUCCUUCCUCCACCAGUACAGCUCUCAGUUUCAAUAAACCACAGCUCAGUGUUGGCUCUGAAUCCUAAACUGUGGUUAGCCCUACCUAUAGGUAAUUCAAACAGACUAGCUUCAUAAGCUUUGGCUCAAUGGUAGUUUCAACUAACCAUAUUUAAUACUAAACACAGUUUGACCAAGUUUGAGCACAAUGCUUAACUGCCAACUUACUACUCCUGACUACACCAGAGGAGGGUGGGAAAGCGCUUGAGCCCAAGGCUCACUGCAGCUAAUUCUUGUAAGAGCGAGUGAGAAUUUGCUCAAGGGUGGUACAUUUUGGACAAAAAUUCUCCAAAUUUACUUCCAUUAAAUUGUACCCUAUUUUCAUCAUCUAAAGUUGGGCCUUCAGCUCACCUCCAGACUGGGCUCCUAUAGCAUCAGGAAGUUACGGACCUGAUUGUCUUAUGUGUUCCAUAUGUUAUUUGCAUCUCAUUCUCAUUCUUGGCAACUUCUCUACCUGGGCAUUUGAGUUUGGAUGUUUUGUUUCUCACCUUCCAGUGUCUAUUGGGAGAGGAGCAGUUAACUGGACACAUAAGCUGUCCUUCUUCUCACCCAAUGAACAAUUAUAACAAAACCAUCCAGAAAUAAACUCCUUCAGGGCUUCUCUCCUUCUUAAGAGGUCAAAAAGGGGAAGGUUGAGUCAAUAUUUGUAACUACCUCAGCCUUUCCUGAUGAUUGAAAUAAUUGUGGAGGAGAAUUUGGAGGUUCUGAAUAAUUUACCACCUGAACCAUUGAUAUCCUAAACUGUGCUCCCAAUCAUCAUUCACCAUCUACAUAUGGAGCUGAGGUCUUUUCUGGUAUUCAGAUGUAUAAAACUGAAGCUCACUUUACAGGGCCUGGGGAGGGGAAACAAUUUUUGAGCUUUCUAUUAGCCUUCUAGACAUCUGCUUUUUUUAUUUUAAAAAAACCCCAUGAAUCAUGAAUUUGCCACUAACUUCUUGCAAUCACUCUAGCAAUUUCAAAAUGUCUGCUUUCUCUUUUGUGUGUUUUCUAGCUAUGCAAGAAGAGAUGUUCUUCCUCUGGGAAAAUUCACAGUCAACUUAAGCGGCUGUCCAAGAAAUAAUGUCUACACGGAGCACAUAUACAAUAUUAUUCAGCAGCUAGUGCCUGCAGUAAGAAUUCUAUAUAUAUAAAUGCUUUGUGGAGCAACUGAUUGUGCAAUAGUUCACCUAUAUGAGUAUGCUGAUACAGUAGCCACCUAGAAGCUUCAUUGCAGAACUGGAGGUGUUAGAAGUAUACCUAAAAAAAGCAGGUGCACACUUUCCUACAAUAUUUCUGUUCCAAUAGCUGUGAAGACUACUAUUGGAACAGUACAUUCAGUUCCUUGGUCAUAGUAGUAGCCAACACCUAAAUGGAGAAAUGAAGUAUCUGUAUGUGGAAUUCUAUGGUAUAUUUUUUGGAAUAGAGUUUAUUUUGCCUUACGCAACAUCUUUAGUACUCAAGGGUACUAUAAUAAUUUGGAGCUCUAAGGAAACUCAGUGAACACGUAGGACUUGCAUCUUUUAAAACUAAUACACAAAAAACUUAACUCGCUACAGUUCUCUUUUUUAAAAAAAGUUUGCUAAUGACAUAUCUAAGUGUAUUGAGAAUGAACAUUUGUAUUCCCCAUUCAACUUGUGAUGUCUGCAUGGUUGCUGUUUGAUCCUUCCUUUGGAAUCUGGUGUGUGUGUAUUGACCCACUUGUUAUAUCUCUGUUAUUGUUUUAGUGUUGUUUUGUCUGUCAAAGAAACACUUCUUAGCAGAAAACUCGUAACUUUUUUUUUCUUGACAGUCCUAUCGCCUGCCCAUGACCAUAGAGAACAUGAACUGCUUAAAGUUUAACCCCCACAAGGACUACACAGCUAACCGCUUAGUCAGUGGAGUACUACAGCUCGCAAGCAAUACCUCCCUUGUGAUAGAUGAGACUCUGCUUGAGCAAGGACAGCUUGACACUAGAGGUUGGUAUUUGGGUUUCAUUCAUCCAUUCAUUAUCCCAAUGCAAAGCUCUCUUGCAUUAACAGAAAUAUUAAGAAGAAACCAGAUCGCUGCAUUUAGAAAGGAUAAUGUUGGCUGUUCAGGUUGCACUGUCAUUAUUUUACAGAGUUAUCUCUCAGUUGACCCAUUUUUGUCAUCACAUCUGUGUCAGUUUAAUUGGACAGUGUGUCUAACUGGCUCCAGUCUGUAACUUUAUUGCUUAGGGCAGAGUACCUGAACUUCACUACGGUAGCUUUAUAUGUGUUUCUGCCGCCUACUUUUGUGUCUGAUCAUUUUGCUCUGUUUGGAAACAGUGCUGACUUCAUCUCCUUAUACCGCUGGCAUCCUUGUUUUAUAACAGGGGUAGACUCCCAAUUCCAAAAGCCACAGGCAGGACCUUCGUGCUGGUUAACCUAGUGGUCUACUCCCAAAAUGUAUGUGUGUUUUCUCAAGCUGACAAUCCUAAUUCUUGAAAUAAUUGGACAUUUUAUCUAACAUGUCAGUGAGAUCAGGGUUUUCAACCACUGGUUGGCUUAUAUCAUAACUUCCCUUCUGACAAACAGCAGAGUUCACAUAACAGGGAUUUCCACCUCCUUUGUAAAGAUAUGGCACAGGGGGCUGCAGACAGAGAAUUUGAUGGAAGUUGCCCUUUUUCAUCAACAGAGCAGCAACCUAGGAUCCAAGCCAUUGUCUCUGUAAUGUAUAAGAAAUUCUCAUACGUGACAGCCCAUGUUAUAUGUAGCUAACCAAUUUUUACAGAUUAGCAUGAUUAGAGCAGAGUACCUGUGCUUAAAGUACUGCAGAAAAUUUGGAUUAAAGUCCUUUCAGAUCCCAUGCUUAGUAUCAAGAUGGAGGGUUUGAUAAAUAGGUGCCAGCUGGCAGCUCAACUGGAAAGAGAGAUUUUUUUUGCUGAUUUCUGCAGCAUAAAAGGUGGCCCUGGGAGGAAAGGAAAAGUGACAGAAAUUGCUUUCCUUUCCUCCAGCAGGAACUUCCACUGAUUUUGAGUUACUUCUGCAAAAGGAAUAAGCCCUCCCAUUCACAGAAGGACAAAUCUGGAUCAGCGCUAUUUUUUUUUUUUAAUUUGCUUGUUGUAAAGGGAUUUUUGUACCACCACUGAGAGUUUCCAGGGCAGUUCACAAAAACUUGGCUCAGUGCUCCAACAAAAUCUUAAGUCUUUUAAUUUGAAACCAUUACUUAAAUCUGCUUAACACUUUAAUUCAUUGUUCUAGUUACUCCAUGCCUUGUUUGUUCUGAUCAACCUGACAUGUGCAUGGAACAGUCGAUUUGUUACCUUGUGUUUGAUAUGGCGGGUGGGAAUUUGCUCCGUUUUCACUUCACAGUGUACUUUUGUGAAGGCUUAAUAAGGAAUUCCUUCCAUUCUGCCCGUUGGUGGAAUGAAUGUUCGCUGCUCUAAAGGCAGCUGUUUCCAGCUUUGCUGAGUCACUGCUGCCUUUCCCAGCGUGGGAGCCUCAGCCUCGAGCCAGUUCUGAACAUCCGGUUAGCUUCCUUACUCAGUAUUACCAGUAUUAGCCUCAGGCAUCUAUUGAAAAGCUCUGUAUUAAGGGAAACUAAAACUUAAAUCUGCAAUUCACUGUAUCAGUAGAUCAUUCUUGACAGAAUAGAGCUUCUGGUGUCAUUUAGUUAUGUUUCUUGGCUUAAAACAGUGACGUGUCCUUAUAAUAUUCUUGGGCUAUUUUCAUAACUCCAGUGUAGAACGCCCAGGCUAUCUUAAACUUUUCUACUAACAGGUUUUCCACUUCUGUUGGAUCAUAAACUAUUGCUAUCAUACUUUGUCUUAAUGUUAGCUACACUUGAAAGAGCAUGUAAUGAGGGCCUAGUCUGCAUUUGUUUGUACCUGGUGAAGAGGCUGCAAAUGUGAAAAACAGGAGCCACGCACAGCCAUGAGUUGCUAUCAUGAUCCUUCCUUUCUUUGGGACAUAGUAAAUGAAGGAAUGCUCAAGUAGUGCAUUUCUGCUUUAAAAGCAGGUGUUGGUAGGUACAACGUGGUCAGUAGGAUGGAAUAGUAGUUGCCACCAGCUAAGUGGUAGUGCCUCUUGUCUACUACUGUAUACAGUGGUACCUCGGUUUACAAACUUAAUUUGUUCCAGAAGUCCAUUCUUAAACCAAAACGUUCUUAAACGAGGCACACUUUCCCUCCUGCCACCGGUGCCCUUCGACCGUUCGGCUUCCGUUCCUCUUUGAGGCAAAGUUCACUAACCGGAACACCUACUUCCUGUUUUGCGGAGUUUGUUGCCUGAAUAGUUCAUUAAUAGGACCGUUCAUAGACCGAGCUACCACUCUAUUAAAGUUCGGAUGCCCGAUUAUUCUUCCAAAGCAACUGCUCUUUUCCCAGCUUAAGAAUGGAAAGCGAAAGAGGUUUAAAGAGGUUCUUAAAGGCAAAUCUUUAAAAAUUAGUAUAAGUGCUGAUAACUGGGAAACACUGGCCUUUGAGUGCUCCAAUUGGAGAACAGCCUUUACCAAAGGUGUCAUGGACUUUGAAGAAGCACAAACUCAGGGCGAAAAGGAGAAACAAGCUAAGAGCAAGGUAUGUUUGGCAAACCCUCACCAUGAUCAACGUCCGCCUGGAAACCUAUGUACCCACUGUGGAAGGAUGGGUGGAUCCAGAAUUGGCCUCCACAGUCACUUACAGACUUACUGUUAAGACCGUUUUCAUGGAAGACCAUCUUACUUGGCUACGAAUGAUCGCCAAAGAAAAAUUCAAUUUCUUUCCCUGAUCAGGGAACAGACAUGUCAUCUAUCUGGAGCUUCAUAUUUGGUCUCUUAGCUUCUUUUGAAAUCAUACUGAUGCUAUAUUAGUACUUGUUCCAUGGGCCACAGGGAUUGCUACAGCACUUUUCCAGCUGGACAUGAUGGGUGCCAUAGCACCUGGUGAGAUAUAUACCCUAGCAAAUGGACACUGCAGAACUUCAGCAGGCACAGGGGAAGAAUGAAUAAGCAAGAACGAUGGGAUUUCUGGAAACAAAAGCUAUUUCUUAUAGAUGGAAGUUCAUGGAACCCUGAAACUCUCACUAAUUUUUUUCCCUUUCCAGCACCCUCCUUAUUCAGAUGACUAGUGUCUGGUGUUGAAAAGCUGAAAUUGCUCUCUUUUUUGUUCUACCACUUAGUUCAACAGAUACUGUAGUACCUGGAAUUCUUAACUGAUAUACUGAAUAAAUAGUAGAAGCUAUAACAGCAGAAGCUAUAUACUUGUGCAAAAUAUAAUUCUCUAUUCUGUCUCCUUCCAAAUAUAUACUCCAGGAUCUACUCUAGGACUUGACCUAAUAUCCCUGCGAACUGGAAAGUGCCAUGAUACAUACAGUAAUAUUACAUCGUCUUGGAGUAGACUCCACAUCCUGAAGUGUGUGUGUGUAAUAUAACACAUAUUCUUGUGAUUUAAGUGGAUCAUUUAUUCCCAGAUAGUAAUAUACUGCACAAAAUAACUUCCAGCUGAUCACUGAAAGACUGUGUUUUGUUUAAAACUGAAGACUUUGUAUCUACAUUUCAGAGCAUUUUUUUCCUGUUUCUGUAGGUGUUCACAAUGUGACAGCACUAGGUCACCUGAUAACUUGGCAGAAGGUGGAUUAUGACUUCAGUUACCACCAGAUGGAAUUCCCAUGCAACAUUAAUGUCCUUAUCACUUCAGAGGGCAGAUCGCUCCUACCGGUAUGGCAAUACUUCACUUUUCCUCUGCAUUUGAAAGCUUCUUAAUGAAGAACAAGAGCAUACUAUCCUAGGCCAACUAAUUUUGUGUGUUAUCACUACUUGCCACUUUCAACUGCUAUGCUAUAUUUGCUAUAUUAUAUGCUAUAUUUGCUAUUAAGAUCUCAUUUACUUUGAAAUGAAAGGAAAAUGCUGGGAUGCUGUAGCGAUAGGACAACAUAAAUCUUAGAGUUAGAAGAUGAUGGCCACACAUCAUAGACAUUAUGUGUGGUGUUCCAUUUGUAGAUGGAGAGAAUAGACCAGAUAGGCUAGUUCUUGAGCCCCCAUUCCUCAAGUUAGAGCUGUGUAGCAAAUGCAUCUAUUUAGGGUUGCCUACAUUUUGUUAAUAGUCUAAAUCAUAUUUGUGUUUUGUUUCCCCCCCCUUUUCCCCCCUCCCCCACCCCCAAGCUCAGCUCCCCUCUCUGAUUUGUUUGCACAUAUUAUUCUCUGCAUGUUAUAAAAUUGUAAUUGGUUAUAUUGAUUGAUAAUUUGUUCUGUUAAAAUUGUUUAAUAAAAAAAUAUAUUAAUAAUAAUAUUUUUUACCCCGCCCAUCUGGCCCAUAUCACAGCCCACAUCACUCAUAGUAUGGAACUGAUAACAGUGAAGAAGUAAUGCUGUGCAAUGUCUUUCCACAGUCCGACUGCCAAGUCCACCUGCAGCCACAGCUCAUUCCCCCCAACAUGGAAGAGUACAUGAGCAGCCUUCUCACAGCAGUGCUGCCAUCUGUCCUCAACAAGUUCCGUAUUUAUCUAAGCUUGCUGAGACUGCUGGAUUACAGUAUAUCUGAUGAAGUGACCAAGGUAGAGAAUGCACUUUCCGCUUUACCAGGAUCUCUUGUCGAGCAGAGUAUAUAGUUUGGGACAGUCAUUCCAUCUAGGCUGCCACCUCCCUUAUCCCCAGUACUCCUUGCCCUAACUAUGAAAGGGAAUCUACCAUUGAGGAUUUUGUCGGACCUCAGAUAUGACUGCUUCAGCCUGUUCCUUCCUGAAAAAUGUCAAGAACUGUCCUAGAAUCAGUUAAGUUGCUAUUAUCAGGGGGAGAAAGUGCAGGAGGACAUGAUCCUAUGAACGGAGAGUGUGUAUUGGCAGUGGAGUAGCCAAAUGUGGUCUCGUCUUCUCAUGGGUGGGAUAGAACACACUCUUCAUUUUAGAAUACUGUCUUCAAGGGAUAACAGCACCAUGUAGGGGCCCAUUAGGAGCUGUUGUAACACCAGGAUACUUGGGAGUAAAGCAGGUUGCCAUUAUAUAGGCUUGGAACUAUAGUCCCUCCCUUCAAUGGAAUAUUUUGUCAAUACUGCACUGCAUUCCUACCUUACAGUAGCUAAAAGUAGCAUCAAAAAGGGUAAUGUUUAUUUUGUGUAGUGGGUAAAUAAUCCUUCCCACCUGGAAUUCAACAUGCCUCAAAAGCGCAGUGCUAUAAGCAAGGUAAUUUGCUAUGUAGUUCCAACUCGUAUUUAAAACAUACUUCAAAAGUGCAAUAAUUUUAUCACUACAUUUAAUCAAAACACAAUUUCUCUUACAGGCAGUAGAAGAUGAUUUUGUGGAAAUGCGUAAAAAUGACCCUGAGAGUAUCACAGCUGAUGAUCUUCAUAGAACUCUGCUUGUGGCAAGGUGAGAGUACAAAUGCAGAAUAGCAAACUGCAAGAUGCCAUAAUUUGCUGAAGACUUUCUUAUCCAUUUAACUGCUUCAGUUCUCUUCUUGGCCCUUCCCCACCGUUGCUCAUUUAUCUUCCUCCAUUUCCUUUUGGAGAGUCACUAAAUCUCUUCUUUAUGGCAAGCUGCUGAAAAAAAGUCCUGGUUAUGAUAAUUCUUGACCUGGAUUGCUAAGAAAUGUAACCUAGACUCAUAGGAGCCUACAAAUAACCUAUACUAUAUAAUUAGUAUAAUCUAUUUAAGUAGAACAUGAUAUGCUGACCCAGAUUAUGCAAAGGAGGAUUAUGGGGCUACCUAGAACAUGGGUCAGCAAACUAAGGCCCGCGGGCCAAAUCAGGCCCAAUUGCCUUCUGGAUCCGGCCCGCGGACAGUCCAGGAAUCGCUAUGUGGAUCGCCAGCACAUACCUUCUUUCCCUCUCCCUCCGUCACACAGCGGUGGCGGCGCCUCCUCCCUCCCUCGUCCUGACUUCUCCCCACCCUGCCUAGAGGAGGAAGGGCCAGCAGCAGCAGCGCUUUAGUGGCUGCCAUUUUAAGCAGCGCCUCUCCAGAGCCCUUUCAUGGGCUGUUCAUCGUCUCUCUGCUGCCAGCCCCUUCGGCUCGCAACACACAGGUAAGAAGCUACCGGGGCUUGUCCAGUGCUGUGGAGAAGGGAGGGGAGAGGUGUGGGGGUGUGGCUUAUAGUCUGCCCCCCACACAAGGUUUGACGGACAGUGGACCGGCCCCCUGCUGAAAAAGUUUGCUGACCCCUGACCUAGAAGCACAGUUGUUUAGCUGGCUGCUUUCUUGCACAGUUAAGGGAUAUAGAGUGAACACAGAUUACAGUUGCAAAGUUAAAACCCGUGUUUCUACAACGUAUCUUUCUUGCCUGCAGGUUCCUUUCUCUGAGCGCUGGGCAGACGACGUUGUCAAGAGAGAGAUGGCUCAGAGCAAAGCAGUUGGAGGCACAACGUAAAGUGAGACUACAGCAGCAGAAGUGUGUAAAUGGAAAUGAACUCUAA